GAGGAGUACCUUUGAUUGCAGCUAAAUAACAAACAACAGACUGAACAGCAUUGAGAGGGAGAGCGCUUUGGGGAGCCUUGGGAUGCAGUUGGUAGUUGUUGAGCAUGCUAAAUGGAUAAGGAAGAUCAACAACAUCAACUUCUUGCGCGUUUAUAUGUCCUCUAGCUCGCUGGUAAAGACCUAUUCGGAAUUCCAAGACAGAGGAAAAGGAAAAGAGAUCACAGUUCGCUAGCUCCAUAUCCUUUCGAUGCUGUUUUUAAAAGAGGAGUUCGAGCACAAUGUCCUGCCCCGGUAACCUGGUUUGGGAUGUACGGAAGAGAUCCAUCGGGUAUAAUGACCCUAAUGUUCUACGGGUCAAUUAUAUAGGGAGAAGGGAAUUUGUCCAGCGUCUGAAGCUAGAAGCCAUAUUGAAUGUCCAUGAUGGCUGUGUCAAUACCAUAUCCUGGAACGAUACAGGGGAAUACAUCUUAUCAGGUUCCGAUGACACCAAUUUGGUCAUCACCAAUCCUUACAACAGAAAGGUUAAGGCCACCAUAAGGUCGGGGCACCGGGCGAACAUCUUCAGUGCCAAGUUUAUGCCCCACACCAACGAUCAGCAGAUCGUGUCCUGCUCAGGCGACGGCAUUAUCUUCUACACGCACACGGAGAAGUGCCCCGACCUCAACCGACAGUGCCAGUUCAGCUGCCACUACGGCACGGCAUACGAGAUUAUGACCGUACCGAACGACCCCUACACCUUCCUGUCGUGUGGCGAGGACGGCACGGUGCGGUGGUUCGACCUGCGCAUGAAGACUAGCUGCACCAAAGAGGACUGUAAAGAUGACAUUUUGAUAAACUGCCGGCGGGCUGCUACCUCGAUAUCCAUCUGCCCACUGGUGCCCUACUACUUGGCGGUGGGCUGCUCAGACAGCUCAGUGAGGAUCUACGACCGCAGGAUGCUCGGCACCCGAGCUACGGGUAACUAUAUGGGGCGUGGCACGACGGGGCUGUGCGUGCGCUUCGUCCCCGCCCACCUGUCCAACAAGUCGUGUCGCGUUACGUCACUAUGCUACAGCGGCGACGGUCAGGAGGUGUUGGUCAGCUACUCCUCGGACUACAUCUACCUGUUCGACCCCAAAGACGACCAGGCCCGGGAGCUCAAGGGGCCCUCCGAGGAGAGGAGGGAGGAGCUGAGGCAGCCUCCAGUGAAACGGUUGCGUCUGAGAGGGGAUUGGUCAGACACGGGACCUCGUGCCCGACCGGAGUGUGAGCGAGAAAGAGAUGGUGAGCAGAGUCCCAACGUGUCCCUGAUGCAGCGGAUGUCGGACAUGCUGUCACGCUGGUUUGAAGAGGCCAGCGAGGCCCAGAGCAGUAGAGGGCGGCCUCAGGCACGGCCACGAGGUACCGCUGCUCGGCCAGAGGGCACAGACUUGGCUCCCGAUGCCCCUCUCCCACCCCCCACACCUCAGGCCCCAGCAGUGGCUGUAGCUGCUGCUGCUGCCGCCAAGGAGGAUCCCUCUCCUUCCACAUCUGCUGCCACGUCUGACACACCUGCCCCCUCCACCUCCACCUCCACCUCCUCAUCACCUCCCGCCCCCAGCACUGCAACCCCAGGAGCCACCCCUUCACCCGCCCCUGGGAAACCCCCCUCAGAACCCUCCUCUGCAGCGGCGGCGGCGGCGGCCUCCUCGUCCUCCCCGGGCCCCUCCCCUUCCUCCUCCACUUCCUCCAUGGUGACGGCCCCCAUGCCCGCCUCCGCGUCCAUCGACAGCGCCGCGUCCUUCGCCUCGUUGCUGUCGUCGCCGGAGAUGGAGCGCCUGACUCGGAUGGGGGCGGAGGCCGAGGCCACGCCCUCGUCGUCGCGCGCUGCCGCGGUGGCCGCUGCUGUGGGCGCGUCUCCGAGCGCCGCUGCCCUAUCAGAGGCUGCCCUCUCAGAGUACGGUCCUCGCCGGCUGCCUGUGAGUUUAAUAUGCAGGCGCUUGCAGAGGCUUCUGUCUUUGGCCGACCCCCCCGGACAGAGCCCCCGUGCAGGUGGCCCUGAGCCCCCCCUGGACGAUCGCCCUGCCCCAGGGGCCACUGCCACCACCGCCCCCCCUCCUACAGAUUCCCCCUCGUCUGUGGUAAACAAACAGCUCGGAUCCAUGACACUGGAUGAGCAGCAGGGUAGCAUGGAAGCUUCAGGGACUGUAAGCUCGAGCACGGCAAGAGGAGCGAGUAGCGAAGAAAGGAUGGCAGCCACGCCUGGUCCUUCCACUGAACCCAAGUUGUCAGUACCAGUACCGGUACCGACAGCGGGUCCCAGUACCUCUGGCCCCAGCCUCAGCUCCAGCUCUGCAUCCGGGUCGGGGUUGGGGUCUGGGUCCGGGUCCGGGUUAGGCUUAGGGUUGGGCUCAACGAUUGGUUCUGGUUCUGGAAGUAGCAGUGCACCUGGGACUAGUCGGUCCGGUACAGCAGAGCCGGUCCUCAGUCUGCACUACAGCACUGAGGGCACCACCACCAGCACCAUCAAGCUCAACUUCACAGACGAGUGGAGUAAUCCUUCCUCCAGCUCAAAGGGGGGCAGCAGUAGUGUUGGCCAUAAGUCAGAAGAACUCAUGGAGAGUCAAUCAACACAAACAAGCAAAGGGCCCUCGUCUUCUGAUCAGGCGCUGCGAGAGCGACUGUCUCCACCGGCGCCUUCUGCUGGUUCGGAGAGCGGCGCUGAGAAGAAAGCGGCGGCCACCUCUCAGAGCAGCGCAGACGCAGACGCCCCAGCCUCCUCUUCCUCCUCCACCUCCCUUCCCGCCUCCUCCUCCUCCACCUCCCAAGGUGCCGGGGCGGACGAGGGUGGUGGAGACGAGUCGUGUAGGAGAUCGGAGCCCACAGGAGAGGGGGAGGGGCAGGCACAGGCACAGGCACAAGGCACCACCGGCCAGCCGUCCAGGGGGAACAAUCCGGACUCGGACGACAGUGACGACGACCCCAUCCUCAUCCCCUCGGCACGAUACAGAGGAGCCCAGGGUCAAAGGUUUAAUUUGAGAGGAACUCCUGUAGGAGAUAGGAUGAUCAGGCGUUCUGCAGCGGCGCGCAUCCAGGAGCUGUUCCGCCGGAGGAAGGAGCGGCGCGAGAUGGAAGAGAGCGAGACGCAGAACAUCCGGAGGCCCACCGUCAAGAUGGUCUACAAGGGCCACCGCAACUCCAGAACCAUGAUUAAAGAGUCGUGUUUCUGGGGCAAUAACUUUGUCAUGAGUGGCUCUGACUGUGGCCACAUCUUCAUCUGGGACCGGCACACGGGGGAGCACCUCAUGCUACUGGAGGCCGACAACCAUGUGGUCAACUGCCUACAGCCACACCCUUAUGACCCUAUCCUGGCCUCCUCUGGUAUCGACUACGACAUCAAGCUCUGGUCUCCGCUGGAGCAGACGCCGUCAUUUAACAGAGACCUCGCCGAUGAGGUGAUCGCUCGUAACGAACUGAUGCUGGAGGAGACCAGGAACACCAUCACAGUCCCAGCAUCCUUCAUGCUGCGCAUGCUCGCAUCUCUCAAUCACAUCAGAACAGACCGGCUUGAAGGUGACCGAUCAGAAGGGUCCGGGCAGGAGAAUGAAGAUGAUUCUUAAACGAUUUCCAAAUCAGGAGAAGUGGGGGAAGGAGAAGAAAAAGUAGCAAACAAGAAAGAAAGAAAGACAAAAAAAACUUUUUGCAAAGAAGCACUUGGACGUUUGGACAUUUGUACGAGUUGUGAAAAAAAAUCUGAACAUGUAGAAUAUUUCCUUGAAAGAAAAAAAAAUAGCUCUAGGUUCAUUUAUAGUCCCUCGUUUCUUUUUUAAGACAACUUUCUUACUGAUGUGUCCUUUUGAGUUGAGUUUUAUGUGCAUAUAAGUUUAAAGGAAGAAACAAAACAACUUGUAUGAAUGCAAGACAGAUGAUCUAUAUUAAAGACGGAGAAAGAGGUACAGAGAGGUCCGGUCUCCUCACAGUAUUAAGUGCAAUAUUUUUGUUAAUGGCAAGAGUGUGAGAGUUUGGUCCGUUGUUGAAGUGUGAGAUUUCUAACUGUACCCUAUGAGGUUUAAAAAAAAAGUGAAAAAAUAAGAUAUAAAUUCCUGAAAACGUUUGUAUAACGGUUGUGCAUGUAAAAUAUGAGAAAUUAUGCUUUAAAAUAAACCAUUUUUUUGUCGUUGGAAGAAACAAUGUUUCUGAGUUGUCAGCU